UCUUACAAGUGUUCAACAACAGUGGUAACGAAAAUGCCACCUCCUGCAGAUAUCGUGAAGGUGGCUAUAGAAUGGCCUGGUGCCUUCCCCAAACUGAUGGAAAUUGAUCAGAAAAAGCCAUUGUCUGCAAUAAUAAAGGAAGUCUGUGAUGGGUGGUCUCUUCCAAAUCAUGAGUAUUAUGCACUGCAGCAUGCCGAUAGUUCCAAUUUCUAUAUCACCGAAAAGAAUCGUAAUGAAAUUAAAAAUGGAACGAUACUUCGAUUAACUACAUCACCAGCCCAAAAUGCCGUGCUGCUCCACGAGAAGAUCCAGUCUACUAGUAUGGAUGCCAAGCUGGAAGCACUGAAAGACUUAGCUGGGUAUUCACGUGAUGUAACGUUUGCCCAAGAAUUCAUAAACCUGGAUGGUAUUUCGCUACUUACACAGAUGGUGGAAAGCGGCACCGAACGAUAUCAGAAAUUGCAGAAGAUAAUGAAGCCCUGCUUUGGAGAUAUGUUGUCCUUCACGCUGACUGCAUUUGUCGAGCUGAUGGAUCAUGGAAUAGUAUCCUGGGACACGUUCUCUGUGGCUUUCAUAAAAAAGAUAGCAAGCUACGUGAACAAAUUUGCUACUGAUAUUGCUAUUUUGCAAAGAUCGUUGGCCAUCUUGGAGUCAAUGGUACUGAACAGUCACGACCUGUAUCAUAAAGUGGCCCAGGAAAUUACCAUUGGCCAGUUAAUCCCACAUCUUCAAGGGGCUGAUCAAGAAAUUCAGACGUACACCACAGCGGUGAUAAAUGCACUUUUCCUUAAAGCACCUGAUGACAAGAGACAGGAGAUGGCAAAUAUUUUAGCACAGAAACAGCUUCGAUCAAUCAUCUUGACACAUGUUAUCAGAGCUCAGAGAGCCAUCAAUAACGAAAUGGCUCAUCAGCUGUACGUGCUGCAAGUGCUCACCUUUAAUCUGUUGGAGGACAGAAUGAUGACCAAAAUGGACCCUCAAGACCAGGCUCAGAGGGAUAUCAUAUUUGAACUCCGAAGAAUUGCUUUUGAUGCUGAAUUGGAACCCAACAACAGUGGUGGCAAUGUCGAGAAACGCAAAUCCAUGUAUACCCGGGAUUACAAAAAACUCGGCUUCAUUAAUCAUGUGAACCCAGCAAUGGAUUUUACGCAGACUCCUCCAGGGAUGCUGGCCCUCGACAACAUGCUGUACUUUGCCAAACAUCAUCAGGAUGCUUACAUACGGAUUGUCUUGGAAAACAGCAGCCGAGAAGACAAGCAUGAGUGCCCCUUUGGUCGAAGUAGUAUUGAAUUGACAAAGCUGCUGUGUGAAAUCCUGAAAGUAGGAGAGUUACCCAGUGAGACCGGCAAUGAUUUCCACCCAAUGUUCUUCACGCAUGAUAGGUCAUUUGAAGAAUUCUUCUGCAUUUGUAUCCAGCUGUUGAAUAAGACAUGGAAGGAGAUGAGAGCCACAUCUGAAGACUUCAACAAGGUAAUGCAAGUGGUGAAAGAGCAAAUAAUGAGAGCACUGACCACAAAGCCUAGUUCCCUGGACCAGUUCAAAAGUAAACUUCAAAAUCUAAGCUACGCAGAAAUUCUGAAAAUCCGUCAGUCUGAGAGGAUGAACCAGGAAGACUUCCAAUCUCGUCCAAUUUUGGAGCUCAAGGAGAAGAUUCAGCCUGAAAUUCUAGAGCUCAUUAAGCAGCAGCGUCUGAAUCGCCUGGUUGAGGGGACCUGCUUUAGGAAACUUAACAGUCGACGGCGGCAAGACAAAUUUUGGUAUUGCCGACUGUCGCCCAACCACAAAGUUUUGCAUUAUGGAGACUUAGAAGAGAGUCCCCAGGGAGAAGUUCCCCAUGAUUCAUUGCAGGACAAGCUGCCUGUAGCAGACAUAAAAGCAGUUUUGACAGGGAAGGACUGCCCUCAUAUGAAGGAGAAAGGAGCCAAACAAAACAAGGAGGUGCUUGAGCUUGCUUUCUCUAUACUGCAUGACUCAAACGGACACCUGGAUUUCAUUGCUCCUGACAAGCAUGAGUACUGUGUGUGGACAGAUGGCCUCAAUGCCCUUCUUGGAAAGGAUAUGAUGAGCGAACUGACACGCAACGACUUGGACACUCUGCUCAGUAUGGAGAUUAAGCUUCGUCUCCUGGACCUGGAGAACAUACAAAUCCCCGACGCUCCACCGCCUAUUCCGAAGGAGCCAAGCAACUAUGACUUUGUUUACGACUGUAACUAAAGCUGCUCGACACGCUGAGACUUACAUUUAAACUGGAAUUAUUAUAACUGGAAAGAUCUUUGUUGUUGUUGC